GCUGAGGGACCGAGGCCGGCAGUCAUCACAAUAAACGCUUUAGAUAGGGGACAUUUUCGUGUCUGUGUCUUGGCAUUGCUUCUGUUUCCUUCUUUUUCUUUCCCUCUCAUUCUCUCUUUUUCCUUUUCUCUGUUUUCUAUCCGUUCGAUCUUCCUCUCUCCCUCUCUUUCUCCCCCCCUUCCAUCGCAAAACCGGACCCAGCCCCCUGGAGCUGCCCACCCUGCCUGGGCCUCCUCCCUGUGCCCCAUGGCGUCUCCUCCUUCGCCCUCCGCACACGUACACCUCUACCCGCCUUCUCCUCCCACAGGCCCCACACAUCUCGCUCCACAUAACCUCCGCACCCUCGGCCAAGCGCCUUCUUUCCUCCUUUCUUAGCCACCUUGGCCAUCUGUCGGUGGGUCUUACACCUCUGCACCCGGAGGGGAGCCGCCCUCCCCAGGAGCCUGGCUUUGUACUCCACUUCGCCCCUCUGCCAAAUCGCCCUUCUCUGCGGGACACCCAGCCCUUCCUGAGCACCAGGGCAACAAGUAUGUAAUCUGUCCUAGCUUCCUGUGGAGUUCCAGAAACGCGAGGGCAGAAACAGAGUGCUAGACCCCAGCAAGAGCGGGAUGAUUGGGAGCAGAGGUCAGAGGGCAAAGCGCAGGUUCCAGUGGUCCACAGAACUAAGCAACCUGUUGCUAGGUAACCAGAUCUCCCAUCACCACCCCAACACAUGGUCCUGAGCUGCCCACCCUGGGCCUCUAGCUGGCUUCUGCUAAGUCUCUCAAACACCUGCCCUCUGUGAGACUCUGAACGCAAAAGGAGAGGAGAGCCAGAGCCCAGCCACCACCCCUGAGCACCCCUCCCCUCCCCCGGUGGCUCGGUCACCUUACUGUUUCACUGUGAAGACUUGCCGCCUGGGCAGUUAGGUCACCACCACCAUGAGUCUGGGCAUCAUGGAAGAGGAAGACCUGGCUGAGUACUUCCGGCUGCAGUAUGGGGAGCGGCUGCUGCACCUGCUACAGAAGUUCCCCACUGUGGAUGAGCAGUCAGAAUCGCCAUCCAUCCGGCUCCUAGAGAAGAAGAAGGAGGCUGUAAUCAUACAUCAGGCUAUGGAACAAAAGAAGGAGACAUUUAAGCGCAGAAUGGAAACCCUGAAGCUGCGCUGGGAGGAAUUGGCCAUCAAGGAAGAGCAGCUGAAGGCCCACAUCCAGAAGUUUGAGCAAUUCAUCCAGGAGAAUGACCAGAAGCGAAUCCGUGCCCUAAAGAAAGCCAAUAAGGAGCGGGAACUCAAGAGGCAUCACCUGCGGGAGCUGGCCAAGGCCAAGGAGGAUAUGGCGGCCCUGCGGCUGGAGCAUCAGCGGCUGAACAACAAGCUGCAGGACUAUUCUAUCUUCAACAAGUACCUGGAGAAGGUGGUGGAGAACUCUGAGUUUGAGGAGAUCCAUGAGGUGAUCGGGCGCUACAAGACACUGGUGAGCAUGCACCACGACCUCAUGCAGUCAGCACAGGAGGGCCAGGAGAAGAUCGAGCGCGCAAAGGCACGGCUGGCUCACUACAUGGAGGAGAAGGACGAUGAGAUCCUCCAGCACAACAACGAGCUGGCGAGGCUGCAGAUGCGCUUUGACCGCGCCCGCAGUGACGUCAUCAUCUGGGAGUCCCGCUGGGCACACAUCCAGAACACUGCCGCUAAGAAGACUCUCUUGCUGGGCACCAUUAAGAUGGCCACCCUGAACCUCUUCCAGGUCGUUACCAAGCAGCUGAAGGAGGCCACCCAGGUGCCCCUGGAGGACACCCACAAACAGCUGGACAUGAUCCAGCAGUUUAUCCAAGACCUAUCGGACAUCUGGGCAGAAGUAAAAAGGAAGGACCAGCAACCACAAGUCAGGGUGUAAGGAGGCAGCAUGGUUCCAGAAUGUUCUGAGACAGACUCUAUGAGCGAGAAAGUUCCCAGUGAGCUUGCAAUCCAGCCAGCUGAGGUCAGUGGAUGAGGACCUUGUUUGGCUUUCUACUGGCUAACACCUUGUCACCCACCCCCAGGCCUCAGCCCAUCCCAGCCCCAAAGAUAUUAAAUAAUAUAAGGAGUUUGUUCCAAAAUUCUCUCUCCUUUUAGUAGUUUGUUCAUGAGGGAAAGAAUCGAUGAGGGGAGAGCCCCACAUUCACUGCCUCUCAAAGCUCCUCACUUAGGCCUCCACUGAACUAGAAACUGUGACUUAGGUCUAGUGUCUCCUGUCGGACUCAAACAGAGUAAGCCUUUGAGUGGGUGACAGACCAGCCGGGUAAGUACAGGGGACCCCUUAUGUCCUCUAUCACUUCAAAAAUUAGCCUCCCCACAAAGUUGGUGUUUUCAAUUAGAGUACAAAACUCAGUAGAAACUAUGAAGGCUGCUUCCCAAGCUGGAGUUGCCAAGGGGCUGAGCCAAAAUGUCUUCCCUGGCCUCAGGAGCAGGACUGCUCCCUUACCCCUUGUGUCCCCUAAAACAUACAAUCUAAUGUCGGCAGUGGCAAUGCAGGAACAGUCAGAUGGUUACUUGGGAACUAGUGAGGGACCACUAACGUGCCAAAGGAUGACUUCAGGGCUCAGCAGCAUCGCACCAGACUGGGAUGAUGAUUAAAACAAACAAAACUAAACCAAAUAGGAGUAAAUGUAAAGUUUUGAACCUAUUUUUGAAAAUUCAUCUGCACAUUUCUA